AUGACAACAACACUUGAAGUAUACGCGCACCGUCUGGGUGACCCCAAAUUAGCUGUCAGUCUAAAAGUUACGAUCGCGAACGAACUACGAGAUCAAGUUGAAAUAUUCCAAACCUUGGAGUACCCGAGGUUCUUACAGACUUUAAUACCUGUAUUCAUUGACAUACUGCAAAAUGGCUCUCCGGUUUUCAUCAGCAACGCACCCGAGCAGAAAUUGCGAAAUAUCAUACUGGAAAUCAUCUACCGACUGCCACAAACCGAACCGCUAAAAGAACAUGCAACUGAGCUGUGCAAGACGUUGAUGCACCUUUUACGAGUCGAGAACGAAGAAAACGCCGUCGUAUGCGUCAAGAUCAUCAUUGACUUGCAUCGAUCAUUUCGCCAUGUACUCGAAGAUCAAGUCCAGCCAUUCUUGGAUAUCGUCCAGGAAAUAUACCAAAACAUGGAACAGACAGUCAAGGAUGCAUUCGACGCGCCUACAACUCCAGCUGGUGCAGUAACGCCUGGACCACACCCUCUUUUGGCAGCUUCACCACGGCCAAUGUCUCCGGCGGCAGAUACGCCCGAAACACCUUCCAAAGUUCUGCCCAAAGGUCUUUUCAGUUUUAAAGUACUCACUGAAUGUCCCAUCAUCGUUGUACUCCUUUUCCAAUCACAUCGUAAAUACGCAGGCGAAAACAUCAUGAAGUUCGUUCCACUUAUUUUCCAGACCCUGAAGCUUGAAGCUCGACCACAACAAGAGGCUUCUGCUCAGGCACGGGCACGUGGUGAAGUGUUUGUGGGUGUUAGUCCAGAAAUCCGAAACCGGUCCGUGUACAACGACUUUCUAGUUGCUCAAGUCAAGACCAUGUCAUUUUUGGCUUACAUCCUGCGAAGCUAUAACCAAGUCCUCCGACCCUACCAAAAUCAAAUCCCUGAAUUCGUACUUCGCCUUUUGCGAGAAUGCCCUCCAGAAUCAUCCGCCACCCGAAAAGAACUGCUUGUUGCCACACGACACAUCUUAUCCACCGACUUCCGCCAAUCCUUCGUUUCUAAAAUCGACUUGCUACUAAACGAAAAAGUCUUGAUUGGAACAGGAGUAACAUCACACGACACCUUACGACCGUUAGCCUACAGUAUGCUUGCUGAUUUGGUCCAUCAUAUUCGAUCAGACUUGAGCCCUCAACAACUUUUACGAACCGUAUGCAUCUAUUCACGCAACCUCCACGACGCGACACUGGCACCAAGCAUCCAAACAAUGUGCGGCAAAUUGCUUCUCAAUUUGAUCGACUGUAUCAUCAAAAUACCGAACAAAGAAGACGGUCGCGAAUUGUUAAUGCGAAUAUUGGACGCCUUUGCAAGCAAGUUUGCCGCCCUCAACAUCCAAUUCAAGUCUUGCUUACGGCAUUACAAAAAGAAAAAGCGAGCCGACACUGCUACUGAGUCCGAUAUGGACACGACAAGCAACGAGCUAGAAGAUUUCGACUUUGAUAAGAAAAGAUCCAUUCAUACUGCCACAUUUAUUCCAGACUCGUCUCAUGAUGGCAUCAAGGAUGGACGAUUCUUGUUCAGAAACUUGGCUCUUGGUUUGAAGCCGUUGUUCAUCGGCUUGCGACAUUGUAAUCCUCAACCGCCAGCAGGCUUUGAAGCCAACCCCCAAGCAUACGGUCAAUUUGCUCGCCGAUUCUCACAAGACGACGUCGAGACCUUUUUACGCCUAUUCCGAGAAGGAUUGGUAUGCUUCGAAUACUACAAUGUCGACAACUAUGGCGCAGACUGCUCGCCGCCAAAUCAUGGUCGCAACGAACCCGAAAAGAGCGAAACAUCCAUCGGAUCAAACGAACUGUCAUUGAAACUCGGCACUCAAGCUUCGGGUGAAAAAGAGAUCCUCGACAUGUUUUCGAUCGUGUUUACGCUGAUUGAUCCAGCCGUUUUCCAAGAAAUCUUUGCAUCACAAAUCGAAUUCUUUUUUGAACGGAUGCUCGUCAACCCAAUGCUAAUUCAUAUCGCGCAGUACUUCUUGGUGACCGAGGUGUCGUCCCAAGGAUUUGCUGGCAUCUUGUUCCGCUUCUUGAUCGAUCGCAUUGAACGGCUUGGUGACGACGACAUGCAUUAUUCGGCCGUCAUGCUGCAUCUUUUCCGACUGGCAUUUAUGGCUGUCAACCUGUUCCCAGAUGCAAACGAGUCGAUCUUGCAACCUUAUCUCGCCAACCUUGUCAUGUCGUGUUUUAAGCUGUCAGCCAGAGCCAAAGAACCGGCCAACUACUUUUUGCUCUUACGCGCGCUUUUCAAGAGCAUUGGUGGCGGUCGUUUCGAAUUGCUGUACAAAGAAGUGUCCCCGUUGCUGCAAAUACUAUUGGAAAACCUCAACUCGCUCCUUACGCUCGCUCACAAGCCUGAAAUGCGGAACUUGUUUGUUGAGCUUUGCUUGGCUGUGCCUGUUCGGCUGAGCACAUUGUUGCCGUAUCUUCCCUAUUUGAUGCGUCCUCUGGUGAUUGCUCUGCAAGCAGAUCAAGAAUUGGUGUCUCAAGGUUUGCGUACAAUGGAGCUGUGUAACGACAAUCUCAACCCCGAGUUUCUUGAUCAUAUCAUGGCGCCUGUCAUGAAGGAAUUGAUGGAUGCCUUGUGGAGUCACUUGAAGCCGCUACCGUACAACCAGCAACACAGCCAUGCCGCUAUGCGCAUCCUUGGCAAACUCGGUGGCCGUAAUCGACGCAUGCUCAAAAGUCCACCUAAGCUCGAAUAUAAUUCUCGCAUCGAAAGCGGCGUUUCUGUCGAGGUGACAUUUGAUCCGAACACGACACCAUACACGCUACCUCUCGAUAAAUCGAUGCAAGUGGCUGCCCGAACCUUGGAGCGGUCUGAUGUCAGCCCAUUUUACAAGAAAUACGCAUACGACUUCUUGAAGGCCAAUUUAAUUCUAAUGCUCGAGCUGGAUGAGGGAACAGAGGAAUUACCGAAAGCACUGUAUCAGCGCGUCAAGAUGCAAUUGCUUGAUGAUUCGGAUGAAGAAGAUGCAGAUAAUACGGCAGGAUCUGGCUCUGGAUCAAAUGACGAGAACAACGAGGAGCAAGGCGACAAGUCAACACCGGCAGAAGGAGAAAGCACAGUCGUUGGUAAUGCGCUCUUCGAGAAUGGAAUGAAACCGAAGCGCCUGUCUGGCAAUGGAUAUACCAAGUACCUCUCGAAACGACUUGCUCAAGAAGAUGCACUACGAACCAUAUUUGUCUCCAUCAUGAAAGCAUCCACCAUUCCGUCUCUGAGCGAAGAGGCCUGGGAAUUCUUCCAGAGUGUUUGCCGUCAUUUUACACUGCUGCAUAUUGGUGAGGCCAUGGACGCACUCGAAGGUGGAAAAAAGCCAUUGUCGGAUAUGAUGGAAGAACGUUUGGCGGUACAAAAUCUCAACACGACUGUACUCGUUGAAGCCGUGGUCGAAGUCAUCUCUUCCGAGGAUGGCAACUUACGUAAGCGUGCUGAACAAGUUUUGCAGCUUUGCUUCGACACUGCUGUCACUGUGCUGGGUGGCAAGGAAGCCGUGUCACGUCUUCCCAUCUUCCGCGUGUUUGCAUCACAGUUCUGCUCGUGCUGCUACAAGCAAGAAUGGUAUAAAAAACGCGGUGGCUGUCUGGGCAUCAACAUUAUGAGCCACCAACUCGACAUGGGAACCAAGUGGAUGCGCGAACACGAGCUCGACUUUAUUCGAUCGCUGCUCUUUGUCCUCAAGGACGCGUCUCCCGAAAUGGCCAACAUCAACACCGCUGAAGCAACGCAUACCUUAUCGCACGUUCUCAAGGUGUGCAACCGGCCCGAUGAAGAGGAUUCGCAGGAAGCCCAACAGAAGUUUCAUCAUUUGAUCUCGUUGCUCCUGAGCGAAUUGUCCAACUCCAACAGCGCUGUCCGGGAAACCAUUCAGUCGUCAUUCCAGCUGCUCGCUGAUCUUACUGGUAACGAGGUUACCGAGCUGCUGGCACCUGUGCGAGAACGCCUUGUUGCACCCAUCUUUGCCAAACCUUUGCGCGCCUUGCCGUUUGCAAUGCAGAUCGGUCACAUUGAUGCCAUCACUUACUGCUUGACGCUGCGUCCUCCGUUCCUAGAUUUCAAUGAAGAGUUGAUCCGGUUGUUACACGAAGCAUUGGCACUUGCAGAUGCCGAGGAUCAAGCACUUGUCAGUCGUAGCUCGCAAUACAAGAAUGCUACUUCGUUGAUGAAUUUACGCAUCGUUUGCAUCAAGUUGUUGUCUGCAGCCAUGGCCUGCUCUGAUUUCUCGAGUCAGCGACAAACACAUACUCGGGCCCGUAUAAUUCAAGUCUUUUUCAAGUCGUUGUACUCUAAAUCACCCGAAGUCGUCGAAGCCGCUCAUCGUGGCUUAAAACAAGUGCUUGCCCAGCAGCACAAGUUGCCCAAGGAGCUGUUGCAACAAGGCCUUCGACCGAUAUUGACCACCUUGUCAAAUCACAAGACGCUCAGUGUGGCUGGUUUAGAAGGUCUCGCUCGUCUUUUGGAGCUACUUACGAACUACUUUAAGGUCGAAAUCGGUAAAAAGCUGUUGGACCACUUGAAGCAAUGGGCUGAUCCCAAGGUAUUGCAAGAAGCUGCAGGCAAAUCCUUGAACGAGAACCACGAAGUCAAAAUCAUUGUCGCCAUUCUCAAUAUUUUCCACCUGCUUCCGGCGGCCGCACACAUCUUUUUGAACGAUCUUGUCACGGUCGUCAUUGAUAUGGAAAAGGACAUUCGUCGCACCGUGUCGAGUCCGUUCCGACCCAAUUUGAUCAAGUAUCUAAACCGGUAUCCUACCGAGACUGUGGCGUACUUUUACGAACGAUUGGAUCAGCCACAGCAUAGCCGCUUGUUUGUCGAUAUCCUUGGUACCGAAAAUGCUACGCCGUUGCGUGACGAAGUUGCCAAAUCGCCCACCGAACUCGUCAACAAGACAUUCAACGUCACAGAUAAUGCCACGAUGCAUUACCAGGGUGUGCUCAUUGUACGCCAGAUGAUCAAAUAUGAGCCGGAUUGGUUGGCUAGCCAGAAAGAAGUCUUGAGCUGCCUGCUCACAUUGUGGCGCACACCGGCCCGUUUUGAGGAUAUGAAGAAAGAGGAUCAGCAAGGUAUCCAGGCUACACGCGAAUCUUUCUACUUGGCGCAGAUCUUUAUCGCCUAUCUUCGUUCUUCCCAGGACGACAUCGAGGUUGUGUUUGACCUCGUUUCCUUGUUUGCGCAUGAAACCGUGAUGGACUUGUCGUUCUUGCGGGCAUUCUUUUUGGAGGACGUGGCCAUGAAGUUCACGACCGCUCGCAAGCGCAAGAUGAUGGAUAAAUUUUUGCAACUGUUCUCGGAUUCGUCGUACUCAAACGCGCUCAAGAUGAUGGCACUGCGACAUGUCAUCAACCCUGCUUUGCUCGUCUCCUUUGUCAGCAGCGAUAGUAGAGGAUACACCGAGAUUUUCGAUGUCAAGAUGAUGGAGCAGCUCGAUUUCAAGCUCUGGGGUCAACUCACCAAGGAAUCGCUCGAUGAUAAUCGAUACGCAAAAGACUCCCUGCGUAUCGAGCUGUUGCAACUCACGGCCAUGAUCGUCCAGUAUGCGCCGCAGCUUUUGGCCGACCUGCGCAAAGAAGUCAUCAAGUUUGGCUGGAACUAUCUGCGACUCGAAGACGCCACAAGCAAGCAGUCUGCCUAUGUUCUGAUUGCGCGUUUCAUUGCCGCCUACGAAACGCCAAGCAAGAUUGCUAUUCAGAUCUAUCAAGCUUUGCUCCGUGCCCAUUUGUCAGAAGCUCGUGGUCUUGUCAAGCAAGGCCUGGAUAUCCUUGCGCCGGUGCUGCCUAAACGAGUGCCAUUAAACAACGGCGAGCGAGUACCUACAUGGGUGCGUUUGACGCGUAAGGUGGUGGUCGAAGAUACUCACAGUAUCUCACAAAUGGUGAACGUGUACCAGCUCCUUGUCCGCCAGCCAGACCUGUUUUACGACUACCGCGAGCAUUUCUUGCCUCAGAUUGUUAAUACUUUACCCAAGCUUGGACUGUUCCAGAAUGCGACGCCCGAACACAAGCUGCUCACUGUGGAACUGUCUGAACUAAUUAUCAAGUGGGAAAGAACUCGUAUGGAAGCACAGCCUAAGAAGGAUGCAGACGGGGAUACGCCCAUGUCACCCAAGAGAAAGGCAACAGAAGCGGAUACGACAGCAGCAUCGCGCAAGAAGCUUCGUUCAGAAUCCGGAGCAACAGCUACUACACCAGCAGCAGCUUCGUCGGCAACAACGCCAGGAGCAUCAACAUCAUCGCCUGCGACCAGCAACGCUGAAGCAGGAUCAGCCACUCCCACUACCACAGCUGCCACAGCAGCAAACAGUAGCAACGACAAAGAGUAUGCACCCAACCUGGCAUUACGCGAAAACCUCAUCGGCUACCUGGUGCGAUUGGCAUGCACGAUCUAUAAUCCUCAAGAUAUGAUCCAGCGUCGAUUGGUCCAACGGGUCUUGGAAUUGAUGAAGGAGUUUUUGAACGAGUCCAUGUGGUCAGACGUGCAUGUCAAGUUCUCUCAUUUGGAACGCACGUUGACAGUCAAGGAUAUGAGCGAGAUUCUGAUCCCCAGCGUCUGCAGCGCACUUGAAGUGCUCAAUAUCGAUAUUGCGCACAAGCCAUCCGAGUGGUUUAUUGUCAACAUGAACCAACUUUACCGAUUGUUGGAAACUAGUGUGAAAUCCGACCAUGUCCGCAUUCAAAACGUCCUCCAUCCCGUGCUUGUACGCAUCUUCCAAGCGAUUCAUGGCACGACACCCGCAGAGAACGCAGAGCAGGAACAGCAACAUCCUGACGUGGCUGCAUUUGUCUCGCUUGUCAACUCUACGAUCACGGAUGGCAUGGGCAGCAAUAGCAACAACGGUAUCUAUGCCGUUUUGAAAUUACUUCAAGCUGCCAGCAGCAGUCGCAGCGAACACUUGGAUCAAUUUAUUCCUGGUAUCAUCAAGCUCUUGCAGAAACUGACCAAGGAACACAUGAUGCCGCCGUCGCAUGCCGGUUCAUCGGGUGUAGGACAAGAUUCUUCUGGAAACUUGCUGAUUUUGGUCUUAAUGUUGCUCAAGAAACGUAUUUCCCAUUUGGGCGAUCAGCGUCGUUGGUUCCUGACCUACUCGAUCCAGCUCAUUGAAAAAUCUUCGGAUAUCAAUCUGUUGCGCACCAUGUUGGAAAUGUUGAGCGAAUGGACGUUGGACAAGACAGAAACGUUCCCGACCAUUAAGGAAAAAGCAGGCAUGCUUGUCAAGAUGAUGACCGUCGAGCAUCGCAACGAUCAGAAAUUGACGGAGGAAUACCUGGAUUUGGUGCUCAAAAUCUACAGCAACCCAUCGUUUGCUCGAUCGGAGCUCACUGUGCGGUUGGAGAAUGCCUUUUUGCUUGGCACGCGCAGCGAUAAUCCGCAAAUCCGUACACAGUUCAUGCGUGUAUUUGAUCGCAGCAUUGCCCGCACUCUGUAUGGACGCUUGAGCUAUAUCAUUGGCGUGCAGAACUGGGAAUUCCUUGCUCAGUCCUUCUGGUUACACCAAGCGUUGGAUCUACUGCUCGGUGUGGUCAAGACCAAUCCAUCCGUUACUUUGCCACAUACACUAAAGAUUAAAGCAAUCAGUAUCGUCGGCGGCCAACAACAGGAUGACCCUAUGGACGUGGAUGUGCCAGAUCAGGUCCAAAAACUAGUCUCUCAACACCAAAAGUUUUUGAAGGAACUGCAAGGAUAUGAUGUCAACAAUGCUGUUUCGGCAGUGCGACAGCUACAAUACCUGGAUGACGAGCUGACACGCGAAAUUUGGAUUGAUUUGUUCCCUAUGUGCUGGACAAACUUGAGCGGCACCGAGCGCCACGAUAUGACCAAGCUGCUGAUCAAUUUGCUCACCAAGGACUAUCACAGCAAGCAGGCAGAACGACGGCCUAAUGUGAUCCAGGCAUUGCUUGCCGGUAUUGCCAAAACGCCUUCAACCAUGAAGUUCCCGCCACACUUGAUCAAGUUCUUGGGCAAGACCCACGACGCAUGGCACACCGCUAUGGAGAUUUUGCAACAGCCAGGUGUGAUUGGCCGUGUCACCGAUGCUUCCAAAGACGAUCAAAACAAUCGUGAGCGAACACUAGAUGCAUUGGCAGAACUUUAUUCGGAUCUCAACGAAGAGGACAUGUUUGAUGGAUUAUGGCGACGUCGCAGCACCUAUAGCGAGACCAACGUGGCUGUAUCAUGCGAGCAAAGCGGUAUGUGGAUGCAGGCGCAAAACAUGUAUGAGAACGCACAGAUCAAGGCGCGUAGCGGGGUAUUGCCCUUUACCGAGUCCGAGUACAUGCUCUGGGAAGACCAUUGGAUCGCUUGCACACAAAAGCUGCAGCAAUGGGAUAUCUUGACCGAUCUGGCCAAACACGACGGCAACAUGAACCUCUUGCUCGAAUGCUCGUGGCGUCUGUCGGAAUGGACCGCUGAACGCGAAUUGCUUGAACAAUCAUUGCAGCAGGUUGCUGAUACGCCCACACCGCGCCACAAGGUGUUUGAAGCCUUUUUGUCACUGAUCAAAUCACAGUCCAACGAUGACAGACUGUCUGAAUUCACACGUAUCUGUGAAGAAGGCGUCCAACUGUCGCUUCGCAAAUGGCACGCGCUCCCACGCAUCGUGGCUCAAAGCCAUAUUCCGCUCUUGCAAAACUUUCAACAGUUCCUCGAGCUGCAAGAGGCUAGCCAGAUCUUUAGCAGUCUGAUGACUACAACUGCACAGAAUCUCGACCAACGAUCGCAGGAUCUCCGCAGUCUGUUGGGCACUUGGAGAGAACGGCUGCCAAACAUGUGGGACGAUAUCAAUGUAUGGAGUGAUCUUGUUGCCUGGCGACGACAUAUCUUUAGCGCCAUCAACCGUACCUAUCUGCCUCUGAUCCCCUUGUUGCAACCACAGCAAGGUCCACCGAACGCUGGUACCGGCAACUCAUUUGCUUAUCGCGGCUAUCACGAAACGGCCUGGAUCAUUAACCGCUUUGCUCAUGUCGCUCGCAAGCACCAACUCUAUGAUGUAUGCAUCAACUACUUGACCAAGAUCUACACACUGCCAAACAUCGAGAUUCAAGAAGCUUUCUUGAAGCUGCGCGAGCAAGCUAAAUGCUACUAUCAAAACCCAAAUGAACUGACCGCCGGUCUCGACGUGAUCAACAAUACCAACUUGAUGUACUUCACACACCAGCAAAAGGCCGAGUUCUUUACGCUCAAGGGCAUGUUCCUUGCUCGAUUGGAUCAUUUCAACGAAGCCAAUGAAUCGUUUGUUAACGCCGUCCAGAUCGACUUGUCAAUGCCACGCGCUUGGGCCGAAUGGGGUCGAUACAAUGAUCGUCGCUUCAAGGAAAAUCCCAAAGAUUUGAGCUGGGCAAACAAUGCCGUGAGCUGCUAUCUACAAGCAGCAGGUAUCUACAAGAAUGUAAAGGCACGCAAGUAUCUUUUGCGCGUCUUGUGGCUCUUGAGUCUUGAUGACCAAAGUGGUACGAUCUCUAUGGCGUUCGAUGGAUACAAGGGCGAAUGGCCGGUCUGGUACUGGAUUACGUUUAUCCCACAGUUGUUGACAGCGCUGCAGCAUCGUGAAGCAAGACACGCUCGCGCCAUUCUUAUCCGUAUUGCCAAACAGUUUCCUCAAGCCUUGCAUUUCCAAUUACGUACAGCCAAGGAAGAAUUAAUGAAACGUGUGCCAUCUGCACAGUCGAUGGAUUCGAUGCAAGGCUCCAUGCAAUCAUCCGGCGAGGGUCUAUCAAUCAACACCAAUACUGGUGCUAACAACAAGCUCAAGGAAGAGCCAAUGACACCUUCUGCGACAGUGGCGGACGCCAAAGCAAUGGCCGCACUCAAGACAGCAGCAGCCAAUGCAUCUUCUUCUUCUUCUGCGACCACCACCACAGCAAAUGAAGGCGGCGAUGUUUCCUCCUCCUCUUCUGCGGCUAACCAAGAUCAAAACGCUGACUCAAGUAAUGGUGGUGACAAGGGAGAUGCCAUGGACGAAGAUAAAAAAGAGUCAGACGAAAAGAAGGAUGGCGCAGCUACGCUUGUGAAGCAAGAGGAUUCGAAUGGAGAUGAAACUGCACCUAGCGGAAGUAGUGCAGCUAAUAAGGCUGCUGAAGGUGAUCAGUCUGUGCCCCAACAACAAGACGCUAAUGCUACUCCUGGUAAUGGUGCUGACCAGACGCCUACAGCAGGAGCAGCCACGCCGAAUAACAAGAUUACGGAUGACAAGGGUCAGCAAUCGAACACACCUGCAGCAGCAGCAGCGGCGGCGGCGGCGGCAACGACAGCGGCAACAGUAGCAGCAAAUGGUGGUCGUCCUAACAAUAUACAGCCAUCCAUGGGGGCAGGAACACCUGCUGCUAUGCCCGGUCUAACCCCCAGUAGCGGCCAUCCACUUGACGAGAUUAUGGCCAUGUUAAAGACUGGCUAUCCCUUGCUGGCUUUGUCGAUGGAAACCAUGGUGGAUCAAAUCCAACUCAAAUUCAAGCCUCUUGCUGAUGAGGAUAUGUACCGACUUGUUGUAGCACUGUAUAAUGAAGGCGCUCAGCAACUGUUGUCCAGACUAACGAACCCAGGCGAUACAUUACAACUGACCCAGUCGACCGUCAACAACAUUGCCCGUUUCGCAGAAAGCUUGUACCCUGGCCAUAUGAAGACGGCCUUUUACAACGAUUUUGCUAAAGCCAAGCUCAAUCUCGAAGAAUAUGUUGCCAAACUUCGAUUGUGGCGGGACAAAUUUGAAGCCAUGUUGGAUGCUCGUCCACGCAAGCAAAAGUUGGAAGCCUUGUCGUGUUAUCUGGCCGAGUUCCACCAUGCUCGUUUCGAUGAUGUUGAGAUCCCAGGACAAUAUCUUUUGCUCAAGGAUAAUGCCAACGACUUUUUACGCAUCGACCGGUUCAUGCCUGAGGUGGAAUUCAUUCGUUGGGUGGGAACAUGUUCUCGACGUCUUACGAUCCGUGGUCACGACGGUAGUCUUCAUCCGUUCCUGAUCCAGAACCCAGCACCUCGACAGUUCCGUCGUGAAGAGCGUUUGAUGCAACUGUUCCGUUUGCUGAAUGGUGUUUUGGAACGUCGCAAGGAGAGCCGCAUGCGCAACUUGUCGUUCCAUCUGCCAGUGAUUGUUCCCUUGGCGCCCAAUGUUCGUAUCGUUCAAGACGAUCCAUCCUACUAUACCCUGCAUGAUAUUUAUGAAGAUUAUUGCGACGACGUCAACAUGCACAAGGAUGAUCCGUUGGCUUUCUAUGCUGAGAAGCUCAAGAACAACAUUAGUACUAUCAACAGCAACAGUAACAAUAAUGCAAAUAAUAGCACUACUACGCCCAACAAGGAUGUUGUCGCCCAAAAGACAGAGUUGCUCAACUUGCGCAUGGAAAUCAACGACGAGAUCAGCAAUAGCAUGGUGCCGUCUAACAUUCUUAGCAAGUACAUGCUUCGCACCAUGGGAUCAUACACCGACUAUUACAUGUUACGAAAGCAGUUCACUGCUCAAUAUGCAACAGCCACAUUCAUGACCUACAUCUUCAGUGUGGGCCAACGUAUGCCGUAUCGCAUCGCCAUCUCUCGUAGCACGGGCGAUGUGUGGAUGAUUGAAUUUGUGCCGAGCUUCAAUCAAACAAACGCGACAUUCAGUAACGGUGAACCUGUGCCCUUCCGCUUUACCCCGAACAUCCAAGAGUUUAUCACGCCUGUUGGUAUCGAAGGACCUUUCACCAGCUGUCUUGUGGCCACGGCUCGCUGUCUUACCGAACCCGAACUCGAGUUGGAUCAAUAUCUGGGACCGUUUGUACGUGACGAACUCAUGACGUGGCACACAGCCAACAAUCGCAGUGUCACAGAUGCCCAGUUUAAGGAACGUGUCAAUUCGAAUGUGAUGCAGAUCGUCGCCAAGGCGCAGUUCUUGUCGUGUAAGGCUGACCGUGAAAAGACCAUUAAUGCCAACAAGCCCACCAACCAAAAUGUGAUUGAUCUUAUCUCACAAGCAAGCAACCCGCAAAAGAUGGCACAAGUCGAUUGUACAUGGAUGCCAUGGCUGUAA